UAUUAUGGGCGUGAAAGAGGCUUAGAAGCGCGGAGCUUCAUUACCUUCAUGCCCAGCUUCAUGGCUUUAUGGCGCUACAACGAGGGUGACGGCGGAAACUGAUGUCUUUUUUCCAUUUUUCCAUUGCUUUCAUUUUUCGCCUCCAGCCCUCCUUUCACUUCUUGAUACUUUUUUUUCUACCCCUCUACCCAUUUAAUUGCUUGUCGAUGUAUUCCCCUUCUUCUGUUACUCUGAAGUUCGACGUGAUGAAAAUGAGGACACGCCUCCAUAGCUUAUCAAUGUUUUCUGUUUCUCUUUGUCCACACACACACGAGGGGCCGGCGUCUUUAUUGGUGAAUAACGGGUUCAUGGGACAUCGCGCUUGAUUUUCCUCGACGGGUUACAAAACGGGACCUUGGACAUGGACAUAUGGGAGACCUGGAAAUAGGGAGAAUAUAAGGGAUGCCUAGAGUAUGUAGAGGCCUUGCUGUCUCGGUAUACAGACGAUCAAAAUGAAAAGCAUUGCUGUUGCUGAU